AGUCAUUCGCUGGAAGGCAGAGUCGGGGAUACCGCGCCUGUCUGCCGGCUGCUUUCUAGACGCACUCCGUUCACUGUGAACGCUUUUAUAGAUAAAGUAUUUUGUGUUGACUCCAUAUAUCAGUCAAAAAUAUGUUUAUUCAGCAUGUGAAGGAAAAACAAAUGGAUAGUACGCGUUACGUACAAUUAUUGCGUUAUUUGUAAAUAUUUUUGUGAGUUUCCAAAGUUGGAUAUCAUGAUAACAACCAUGACGUCAUUCAUAUUGUUAAAGACAAACUCUUUCUUGUUGAGGAUGAAUAGAGAGGAUAAUGUAAACUGGUUUCAUGGAAAGAUAUCUCGAGAAACUGCGGAAAAACUUCUAAAAGAAGAGGGCGAAGAUGGUGUGUUCUUGGUUCGGGAAAGUAAUACUUCACCCGGAGAUUACGUACUCUCUGUUUUACAUCAGGGAGAGGUUGUACACUACCAAAUAAGGAGGCAUGGGGAAGACGCCUUCUUCUCUAUAGAAGAACAUACAACUGUCCAUGGCUUGGACACUUUGAUUCAGCAUUACAGAGGAGAUUCAAACGGUCUUGUGACUCGGUUAUCUGUGGUGUGCAAGGGUGAGCCUCCACCACAUGAAUCUAGGACUCAAGGGACAACUAAUUUAUUACAUAGGGCCACAGAAGCGGGCGAGUACAACAUAGUGUCGCAACUGCUGGCGUGCGGGUACAGAAGCCGGGACGCCAAGAACCAGGACGGACAGACCGCGGUGCACAUCGCGGCGCGCGCGGGCCGGGACACCAUCCUCGCCAAACUCAUCGAGAGCGGCGCCACCGUCAAUGUGCGGGACUCCUUCGGAUACACGCCUCUGCAUUACACUUGCCAGAACAACUUGCCCAGCACCACGGAGUUGCUGAUCACGAAGGGCAACGCCAACUACCAGAUGCGGCACGCGCCCACCGGCAAGGUGCCGCUACACGACGCCGCGCAACGGGGACACAUCGAAUGUAUAAAGGUGCUAUUAAAACUGAAGGCGCCGGCGCAUCCCCGGACCUUGGCGCACGACACUCCGGCUCACCUCGCCAAGAACGCGGGACACACGGAGUGCUACCAGUUACUCAAGAAUCACAUACCCGAACAGCCCAACACCACUCGCGCGCAGUGGUACCACGGCACGCUGAGCCGCGAGGAGGCGGUGCGCACGCUGCAGGCGCACUGCGCACAGCACGGCGCGCGCGACGGCGUGUUCCUGCUGCGCUACAGCGAGCGCAACACCGGCGCCUACGUGCUCACCAUGCUCUGCGAGAGCACGCCCUACCACUUCAUCAUACGGAGAGAGAACGACUGGUUGUUCAUAGACGACGGCCCGUAUUUAGAAACUCUGGAAAGACUGAUAGAGCACUACAGCAGUGUGCCGGAUGGGCUGCCCACCAAGCUUACUACACCGGUGCCGCCCAAGCCGAAACCACCGCUACCUGAGUUUUCUACAAUGCCGCGAACAAAGAAGACAUCACCAAGUAGAGCGGCGAUGAACCAAUCGUUAUCACUCGUUAAACAUGACAUAUUGAACGACAACCAAACCGUCAACACCAAUGACUUCGAAAUGCUCACAAGGAAUCUCUCAUUUUCGUCUGACUUCAACAACGACAGCAUGAACAACAACGACGAAGCCCCCAGUGAAUGCGACACGUACAAAGUGCCGGUCAACAACAGCGCUGUUGUUACGUUGGCGGAGAAUUAUAAUGAAAUAUCCAUUAACGCCGACGGCCAGCUAUCCACAUUACAAGAGGUCAUUCCAUUCAACGAACUAACACUAGGAGCGGUGCUGGGUGAAGGCGAGUUCGGCUCGGUGCUCAGGGCUGUGUACGCAGCGCCGGACAAGGUGCCCAUACAGGUGGCGGUGAAGACCUUACACGUGCAACACACUGACGCGAACAAGCGGGAGUUCCUCUCCGAGGCCAAGCUCAUGAUGUCGCUGCAGCAUCGGUGUAUAGUGCGCCUUAUUGGAGUCUCUUUGGGACCUCCUCUCGCGAUGGUCCAGGAGCUGGUCCCGCUAGGCUCACUGCUCAACUACCUUUUGCGCCACCCCGAGAAGGCGUCCCCCGGGUAUGAGCUGCGCCUGUGGGCGUGGCAGGUCGCCUCCGGGAUGCGGUACCUGGAGAGACGGCGCUUUGUGCAUCGUGACCUCGCCGCCAGGAAUAUACUGCUGGCGUCCAGACAUCAAGCAAAAAUCAGCGACUUCGGUCUGUCACGCGCGCUGUCCACCGACAGCUCGUACUACAAGGCGAGUCGCGGCGGCAAGUGGCCCAUCAAGUGGUACGCGCCCGAGUCCUACAACUACGGCACCUUCAGCCACAAGAGCGACGUGUGGAGCUACGGCGUCACGCUGUGGGAGAUGUUCUCGUAUGGCAAACAGCCGUACGGAGAGAUGAGGGGCAUCGAGGCCAUACAAGUGGUGGAAAGCGGCCAACGGCUCGAGAGGCCGGAGAAUUGUCCCGACGAGAUCUACAAAGUGAUGUUGGACUGUUGGGCGUACAGCCCCGACCAACGGCCAACAUUCGGCAAGUUGGACGAUGUAUUCGCGCACCACCCCGACUACGUCAACAUCAGCCAACUCGCUGCCGACGACGACGAUGUCAGUGUAUAGAAUCUCCCUCUAUAACGUAAGAAAGAAACUAACGUAUGCCUCAAUACAAGUUGGAUGAUAUGUUCGAGCACCACACCGACUACGUCAGUAACCAACCAACUUGCUGACGAUGACGUCAGUUUAUAAAAUGUUCUUCUCCUAGGAGAGCUUACCCUUAGGUAUAUUUUCCCGGGCAGUGGUUCUAGUUUUGGAAGUUGGACGACGAGUUCCCUCAACACCAUUGUCGCUGAGGAAGCUGAUGUCAGUGAAUAGAAUCUCCCUCCAUAACCUAACAGAGCAUACCCUUAUGUACAGCCGCGACUUACAUACAGCGUUGGUCGUGUUCGCAUACCACCCCGACAUUAUCUCAACAUGUCAUGAUGAUGACAUGACAUGUUGAUGUCAACAUCAGCGAACUCGCCGGCGACGACAACGAUGUCGAUGUAGAAUCUCCCUUCAUAACCUAAGAGGCUUAUCCUUGCGUACAGCGACCCACGUUUAGCAAGCUUUGGAAAUGGCAUAUGGCAGCUAAUUUACAAAAUAUAAAAAAAAUGUAUUUGAUAGAGAGUGUUUUGAGAAAGGUGGUAGGAAACAAAAUGUCCCUACAAUCAUGCAUUUGUUUUUUGAUUGGGAACAAAUCUUACCCUCCUCUGCUUUAAUAACGUGAUAUCUCGAAAAAAAACUUUUCGGGAAAAAAAAUCGAUUAAAAAUUUUCGGGAGGCUAUUUUUUAAACUGCAAAAAAUUUCCUGUCAAAACUGUUUUUUAAAUGUCUUAAAUUUACUGUUUGAUAAGAUGCCAUGAUGUGCCUAAAAUACUAAGAUUGUAGUAUAUUUUAUAAUUAAGGGAUAAACAGCAAUACAAGUUACUAAUGUUCAAAUAAAUUAUAUCGUAAGUUUGUUUUUACAGAACCAAUAAAAUUAAUUACAACCAUAUUGUAAAAAUAGUUUAGUCAUUAUAUCAUAUAAGUAUAUAUUAGUGCUUACAGAUAUGAUUGGGCCAACGAUUAUAUUAUGAUAUUUAGGUAUUGAAUUAUACUGUCGGUAUGUAGUUAUUCGAAUAUAUCUACAGUGUAAACUUCAUUUAACGACAAACUCCGUAAAAUGACUAUAUUAUUUAGAUUGCCCUAUCAUCCAUACAGCAGUUGUUAGUUUUUGUGCACUAAUAACGACAAUAAUAUUGAAUAAAAUACAACCGACUUCAAAAUAACAAAAAUAUUUCUAUUGAAUUAAAAAGCGAAAACUAACAUUGUAUGUGCUAUAUUCUGAUCAGUUUGAAGGUGGUACCAAGUUAGUGCUAUGUUAAUUAUAGCCGUUUUUGAAAGAACUGUCUGAAAAUCCUAAAUCUUUAUCAUUAAAACGGCUUCAAUAUAAAACACACCAAUGAAAACAUUAACAAAUGCACUAGUUGCCCCUUUAAAAUUCGAAAGUGCCACUCGAUUUCUCCAGGAGCCCAUCAUCAGAUACUGACAUGAUUUCUAUGGGACCAACUGGAAAGCAUACCCUUCCAAACAAAAAAGAAUUUUUCAAAUCGAUUUAGGCGUCUUUGAGUAAUCGGUAAACAUACCUAAAAAAAGGAUUCCGACAAAUUGAUAACCUCCUCCUUUUUUAGAAGUCGGCUAAAAAUUAAGAAACGCCGCCGCUUAUAGGAUUUUCGAAAGUGCCCCUCGAUUUCUCCAGGAUCCCAUCAUCAGACCCUGGUUUCCUAAACAUGGUACCCUGGGAACUCUAACACUAUAAAGUGCGCCUGAGUAUCGCUAUAUAGAGUUUACACUGUAAUUUGUCAAUGUUUUCGUAAACCUUAAAGGCAAGGCUGCCUUUUGUAUUAUAUAAUUAUUUGUUACCGUGGAUUUAACUUUCUUAUUUAUUUAAAUGAAUCUACAAUUAAAACUUAAAAUGAUCUUUCGUCAUACUGGAGUAGCAAUUGUCAUUUGUCUACCUACUCCUAACAAGUUAGCCCGCUACCCUCUUAGAUUACAUCAUCACUUACCAGCAGUUGAGAUUGUAGUCAAGGACUAACUUCUAAAGAAUAAAAAAAAAACUUGUGGGCGAGUGAGUCAUUUAUAUAAAGACAAAUAAUCAUGACAAUGACAAAUGAGUUGUGUUGUGAAUGCACACUCUUAAUGAAAUACAACGAUUCAGCAUUAUUAUUAGUGUAAUUCUUUGUAGAUAUUUUUUUUAAUUAUAUAGAUUCUCAUAAUAUCCUUUAAGUUCACCCAUAUUGUUCGUAAGUUCACAUUUCUGCUGUAUAUUGUAGCUUUUUAAAAGAGCACAGCUUAGCAUUUUUCAACAAAGAUAUUUCUACCACUAGAAACAAUGCGUUUAAGAUUUUAAGCUAUUCUAAGUUUACCUAUUUGAAUAUUACCAAUUUUAAACCUUUUGAUACAACAUGUACAUUCCUUUUACUAUAGUAACAGAAAAUAUUUAAAAUAUAUUUUAAUGUUUUUAAACAUUUAUUACUAUUAAGUAUACAAUAUAUAAUUAUUAUGUUUUAUACGAAAAUCGCACCUUAUGAACGUGUUUUUAGAUUAAUAAUGUAACGAAACAAAAAAAAUAUUUAUGAAAUGUAUAAUUUAUUAAGAAUAGAUUUUUGCCUAUUUUACAAUCAUCAAGGCAAAACAAUGAAAUAUAAUAACUUUAUUCGAUUGAGAAUAGGGCCUGUAGCCAUGUGCAAAAUUCUCUUUCUACAAACGCUAAAGUUGACAUGUGUGCUAUGACCCUUACUCGUAAUACUGAAACUACACGAUGGCCUAUCGCAAUAGUUUACUAUGAUGGGCUAUUGCUAUCUGCGCGACUCUGCUAACGCGUUAAUUUUUAUUUAACUAGAUUUUCUUAGUAUAUACAUAUUUUUAUAUUAUUUAAGAUACAUUAAAUGUUCCAAGCACCCAAGUGGUUUUAGUUCUUUGCCAUGAAAUGCCAUAGUAAUUUUUGAAGUUCGAAUAUUGCCAUGAGGUUGUGUUAUUUCAUGUACAAAAGUUUUAUAUGGUUACCCAAAUUGUCUGUUUAGUUUAUAGAGAAUUUAUAUUAAAUUCUAUUUUACGAGUCUGACUAUGCGUAUAAUUUGAUUUUAAAAAUUAACAAAUUUUAUCAAUUAAUUAUAAUUAUUAUUGUAUUAAGUGAAUGUGAUAAUGGUAUUUAUGAAGUGAAUAAAAUAUUCCAUAUUUUUGCUUCUCUGA